GGGGCGCAGCGGGGCCCGGCAACAGAGCUCCCUGCGGUGAGGCGCGGCGGGCAGCAGCGGAGCCGGGAUGGCUCGCGCCGGGGCUGCGGCGGAGGCGCUGCCCGGAGACUGGCCCCGGGAGGCGGCGGCAGGAGACGUCUCCUGCCGCAGGGAGGACGAGGCGCGGGACGCGCUUUCCCUGGAGCAGAUCCUGAGGCUCUACAACCAGCCCAUCAACGAGGAGCAGGCGUGGGCCGUGUGCUACCAGUGCUGCGGCUCCCUGCGGGCCCGGGCCCGCCGCCGCGACACCCCCGCCGCCCGGGCGGAGGCGGCCUCCCACGUCCGCAUCUGGAAGGACGGAGCCGUCACCCUGGAGCCGCCCAGCGGGGCUUCCCCUCCGGCAGCAGGUAAAUCAGGACGUUCACACUGUACAGAAACAGAGAUUAUUGAAUCACUGGGGAUUAUUAUUUAUAAAGCUCUGGACUAUGGCUUGAAGGAGAAUGAAGAGCGAGAACUAAGUCCUCCCUUGGAGCAGCUUAUCGAUCACAUGACCAAUACAGUGGAGGUAGAUGGGAGUAAAGAUGAAGGCUAUGAGGCUCUGGAUGAAGGCGUGGAGGAAGAUGAAGAUGAAAAAGAGGAAGUUGAGGUCAUUCACUCCUAUAAAGAUGUCAUGAAGUUGUGUGCUGCCCAUCUACCAACACGAUCAGAGGCACCAAACCACUAUCAGGCAGUAUGUCGGGCACUAUUUGCUGAAACAAUGGAGUUGUACACAUUCCUGGCCAAAAUUAAAAGUGCAAAAGAGAAUCUGAAGAAGAUUCAGGAAAUGGACAAAGAAAGGAGUGAUGAAUCCAGCACAGACCUUGAUGAGUUGAAAAAUGCUGACUGGGCCCGCUUUUGGGUACAGGUGAUGCGAGAUUUGCGGGACGGUGUUAAACUUAAGAAGGUUCAAGAGCGUCAGUAUAACCCACUUCCAAUAGAAUAUCAGCUCACACCCUAUGAAAUGCUAAUGGAUGACAUUAGAUCCAAACGCUAUACCUUAAGGAAGGUUAUGGUCAAUGGGGAUAUUCCACCUCGAUUAAAAAAGAGUGCUCAUGAAAAAAUCCUGGAUUUCAUCCGAUCACGGCCCCCAUUAAAUCCUGCCUCUGCAAGAAAACUGAAACCAACCCCACCACGGCCACGCAGCCUCCAUGAAAGGAUACUGGAGGAAAUCAAGGCAGAAAGAAAGCUGCGCCCUGUCUCACCAGAUGAGAUCAGGCGUAGCAGGCUAGAUGUAUCCACACCAGAGGCCUCAGGAAAAUUAGCAGACAGCUCUGUAGUAAAUGGUGGCUUGACACCACAAGCAAAGGUGAAUGGCGUCAGCCCUACCCAAGUGACAAUGCAGCGAAAAAGACUCCUUAAAGCCCCUACGUUGGCUGAACUGGAUAGCUCGGAUUCAGAGGAGGAGUCUAUGCACAAAUCAGCAAGCAGCAGCAGUGUCUCUCCUUCCCAAAUGGAAGACUCCUUUCAAGAGACCACCACCUCUGGUAGAAAGAUGCCUCCGAAGUUUUUGCCAAUAUCAUCCACGCCACAGCCAGAGAGGCGUCAACCACCGCAGAGACGACACUCCAUUGAAAAAGAAACGCCGACUAACGUGAGACAGUUCCUACCACCUUCAAAACAGAGCUCCAGAUCACUUGAGGAAUUUUGUUACCCAGUGGAAUGUCUGGCUCUGACAGUGGAGGAAGUCAUGCACAUUCGUCAGGUGCUGGUGAAAGCAGAGCUGGAAAAGUACCAGCAGUAUAAAGAUGUCUACACUGCCCUCAAAAAAGGAAAGCUCUGUUUUUGUUGUCGAACAAGGAGGUUUUCUUUCUUCACCUGGUCCUACACCUGUCAGUUUUGUAAGAGGCCUGUAUGUUCACAGUGUUGCAAAAAGAUGCGGUUGCCAUCAAAGCCAUACUCCACCCUUCCUAUCUUCUCUCUGGGACCUUCUGCUUUGCAGAGAGGAGACAGUUUUAUGAGACCAGAAAAACCCUCCACCAGUCACCACCGGCCGCUUAGGAGCAUGUCUAGGUUGUCCACAAAGUCAAAGUCAGUAGAUAAAUCAAAUGAAGAUCUACAGUUUCCCAAAGAGUUAAUGGAGGACUGGAGCACCAUGGAGGUGUGUGUGGACUGCAAAAAGUUUAUUUCAGAAAUCAUCAGCUCAAGCCGGCGCAGCCUCUCUCUGGCCAACAAACGAGCCAGGUUAAAAAGGAAAACACAGUCGUUCUACAUGGCAUCACCAGGCACCUCUGAAUACUGCCCAUCUGAGAGAACUAUCAAUGAGAUCUGAGUCUUGUGCCUUUUUCUUUGCUUUUGUCUUCAUGAGGUCAGCAUCCGUGAGAAAGAUCACUGAAACUGUCCUUCCCUUCGUUUUACUUUACGAGCUUGAAUUUGCAUUAGAUCACAGGGUUUGCUACUCUACGGUUUCCACAGACUCUACAUUCAUCUCUCUAGAUAAUGAUAUGUAAUAGGUCAGCCAAUAACUCAUUUGCACUGGAAGGAAACAAUCAUUUGAAAAUGUUGCCUUUGUGUGUGUGUGUGUGCGCGCAUUGUGCAGAUAGAAGGCCUUUACUUGCAUUCAGUUUGUUAUCAUUCCUUGAAUUGUUUUCAGGACAAGAGCUGAACUGUAUUCCUAAAGGAGAACCAAAUCUAACACAGGUGUCAAUGUUUGCACAAUUGUAAGCAGUAAGUCAUAUUGGCAUUACCAACCUAAUAGUGUUCAUGUUGUAGUUUAUAUGGCACAUGGAGCCAUGUUGUACACCAAAAACCUAGUGUGGGCUGUUGGUCUCAUUGUCUCACAGCACAAAACCUAGAAGGUUUUGCUAGUGCUAUCAACAUUCUCUUUCUUUCAGCUGUUGUUACUGCCAAGGGCAGCUCUGUGUUUUUUGCCACCUCGAGCACGGCAGUCAGUCAGCUUUCGGCAGCGUUUCUGCAGGAGGUCUGCCCCGGUCACGCGGAUUCGGAGGC